AACCUGCUAUUCGGUCGGCUUGGCGUUUUGUCACCUACUGGUUAUUGCAGACCAUUUGAUUCAGCUGCUAACGGUUAUUCGCGUAGUGAAACAGUGGCAGUGAUAUACCUCCAAAAAGCGAAAAAUGCAAAGAGGAUUUAUGCCAUAUGUCCGCAUAUUAAACUAAAUAGUGAUGGUUACAAAGAAGAAGGAAUAACAUAUCCUUCAUCACAAAUGCAAUAUACCUUACUAAAGGAAUUUUACGAAGAGUGCAAAAUACCGACAUCUUGUUUGGAUUAUGUCGAAGCACAUGGUACCGCUACCAUAGCUGGCGAUCCUCCAGAAAUUAAUGCUAUCUAUAAUGCUUUUUGUAAAAAUAGAAAAACUCCAUUCAUGGUUGGCUCUGUAAAAUCCAAUCUCGGUCAUACUGAACCCGCAAGUGGUUUCAAUCAGAUCGCUAAGGCAAUAAUAGCACUCGAAACCGGCUUUGUUCCACCAAAUAUCAAUUAUACAUCGCCAAGGAAUGAUAUAGAUGCCUUGAUAAAUGGAACUGUUCGUGUCAUCCAAGAACCAAUGUCACUUCAAAAUGGUUACGUAGGAAUUAAUAGUUUCGGUUUUGGGGGAUCCAAUGUUCAUGUGUUAUUAAAGUGGAAUGAUAAACUGAAAAUAAAUAAUGGAAUACCAAAUGAUGACUUACCCAGACUUGUCCUAUUAUCUGGACGCACUGAAGAAUCAGUGAAAUUGUUUUUAAAUGACAUUGUUAACCAUCAAAUAGAUGUAGAAUAUAUUCGCUUAUUACAUGAUAUCCAUACAGACAAUAUAAACGGUCAUCCAUGGAGAGGGUACAUUAUACUGAAUUCUUUCCAACAAGAUUCAAUAAAAGAAAUUCAAAAUUGUGAACGCAUGAAUAGACCUGUUUGCUUUUUAUUUUCAGCCUUGGGUUCUCAAUGGCCAGGAAUGGAACAAUGCCUUCUUGUGUACCAAUCUUCAGGAGAUCCAGCUACACUAUCUAAAAUUGGUGUUAGAAGCCAUGGUUGUGAUGGAUAA